CAACCUAUGGUUUUAGGAAGAUAUCCAGCUGGAAACAUUAUGACUAGUUUUGGUAUAUUGAUGUCUGGUGUCAGUAUAAGUCAGGCCAUGCUGAUGUUCAAGCACAUGAAUCUCUCAGCAAAUAGUGUGUCCACUUAUCAUGUGCAUCAACGCACCUUCUUGUUUCCAGCUAUUCUGAAGCAUUGGGAAAGCUAUCAGUUAAAGUUAAUUGAAGAUGUGAAAAAAAGUGAUGCAGAUUUCCAGACAUGGUCAGGAGAUGGACGCUUUGAUUCUAUGGGGCACAGUGCGAAAUAUGGAGUUUACACAAUUUGGAGCAACACAACAUCAAAGCUGGUUCAUUUUGAAUUGCUUCAGGCCAAUGAAGUUGGUAGCAGUAAUGCCAUGGAACUGGAGGGAGCAAAAAGAUCUUUUCAGUUUCUUGAGAAAUCUGGGCUUACCAUGGAUGUUUUCAUCAGUGACAGGCACAAAGGGAUUGCAAAGUGGAUCCGAAACGAAAAAAAAGAAACAAAGCACUUUAAUGAUAUCUGGCAUGUAAAUAAAAGUAUUGCUAAACAACUUAAGAUGGCAGGCAAAGAGAAAGGGUGUGAAAUAAUCAAUGAAUGGUUGGGUGGUAUUCGCCGACAUUUGUAUUGGAGUGCUCAAACUACUAUACUUGGCUUUGAAGAGCUUAUCAUUGCUAAAUGGAAAUCUACUGCAAGACAGGCUAACAAGCAUGAUAACCACCCUGAUGCAUUAUUCCCAUCGUGUGCUCAUGGUCAGAUCCCAGAGCGGAAAUGGAUACCAAUAGGAACUAUUGCAUAUGAUAAGAUAUGCUCUAUCCUACUCAAGCCAAGCAUUUUGAAAGACAUCGGCAAACUUUCACCAGAUGGCCAGACUAGUUGUCUUGAAGCCUUUCAUUCCACCAUGAACCAUUGGCAUCCAAAAAUGACUCAUUUUUCAUGGCUUGGAACAUUUUGCAGACAUGUUAUUGCCAUACUUCAUUUCAAUGAAAAUGUUCAUCGUGAGUCGAAAAAAUCAAAGGAUGGACAAGUGGUGUAUAACAUAAAUUUCCCUAAGUAUAAGUUGGGUGAGGAAGUAUUGCGGGAAGUGUCUGUGAAGCCAUCUUAUGAAUAUGUUGAACAAGUAAAGAAUGUUCUUUUCAUGUCUAAUAAACAAGAACUUUCAACUAUAAUGGAAAGAUAUAGAGGAAAAGCACCCGAACCUUUGUGCAGCCAGUUUCCCACCAAACGAUCCAAGGCUGAGGCAAUAAAAAAAUAUGUUGCAAGGAACAAGCAUGUCAGUCAUGCACUUUAUCCGUGCUCAAAGACAGCAGUUACAAGACCUAACAGAUGAUGCGGAUCAAAUAUUAAAUAGCGCUGGGAAUAAAAGUACUC